CGUGAAGAAACAAACCAGAAACUUACUAUGCAAAGAAUUAUCUUCGGCAUUCAUUUACCACUAAGACAUAUUAUAGAACAGAGUAUUGUGUUCAAGAUGCGAUGCUUGCCACCUUUACCAUCAUCUAAUUUUGGUUUAGAAAUAUUGAUGGAUAAAGAUGAACCGAUCGAUUUUGAAGAUUUUUUAAAUUUACUUGUCGUGCUGACGACCAACACCCCUGGUACUGGAUCGGGUUCAUGUAACGUGACUGC